AUGUACUUAGGUCCGUUCAUAUUGUUUUAUGUUUUCGUUUUUACUGGUGCAAAACACUUCAAUGGAGGAACUAUAGGAUGGGCCCCGAUUGAUCCUUAUGAUAAUUCCACUCCAGUUGAUAUUACUAUUACACAAUCUUAUUCAUGGACAUAUCCAUAUAUACAAUGUGCCAACAAUGUACCGAUCUCGACUGGUGGAUUUGGUACUGCCAAUACUAAUCUAACUUGUGUAGUUGAUUGUUCGACUGAUGGUGGUUAUUCUAGUACACCAGUUAAUAUUCUCACUGAUUGUACAUCAAGUAGUUCAUCAUUGAAAAUGAUGACAAGUGAACGAUCGAAAAAUAUUACUCUGUCUGCUGAUGCACAUUUUUAUCUAGCUUAUAGAGGAAGUGCUUGGGUACCAUUAAAUGAUCCUGCUGAAAAAGGUCUGGACUGGUCUAUUGUAACAUACAUUGAUCUUCGAAAACGAUCAGAUGGCUUUAUUAAUACUCCACCUGUUGCCAAAUUUGUUUCUCCACAAUAUGCCAUUGUAAAUAAAACAAUACAAAUAAAUAUACCUGUUUCGGAUGCGAAUACUGGAGAUGAUGUACGCUGUCGAUGGUCAACAUAUACAACUGGAUAUCGAAGACGAAAACGAUUCGACAAGCAAGAAUAUAUCAAUCAUCGAUCUGAUGUUUAUUUUUAUAGCGAAUUAACUAGUCACAGGGAAUUCAUUCAUAUUAGAAAAAAAAGAAGUUGCGGUGGCUGUGGCACCACUUCAUGUUUAUCUGGUUGUGACUGCACUUGUAAUGGUUGUACUUCCACAACAUGCACUGGAUCGACAUGUACUGACACGGGAGGUUGUAAUACAACAGUUGCGACGACUACAACCGUUGCAGCAACUACAACGGCUGCGACCACCACAACCGUUGCAGCGACUACAACCGUUGCAGCAACUACAACGGGUGCGACCACCACAACCGUCGCAACAACAACGAAUGCUGCGACAACCAUAAUCAAUACAACUACUACAGAAACUCCAGGAACACCGAAAUCAACUUCAUCGUUUCCAAUUCGUCAGGCCAUUGACGAAUGUGCUGAUAUUUGUUACCCAAAUAGUGUACCUUCUGGUACAACUUUAUCCAACUGCACUAUCACAUUCACAGGUACUAAAGCUGGUGUCUGGUAUGCAGUUGCUGUUCAGGUUGAAGAUUUUAUCGAUACAUCAAGUACAACACCAAUGAGUUCAGUACCAGUUCAAUUUUUAAUUUAUGUUCAAUCACAACCAGCUUGUUCACUAGAACCUCUAAUUAUUCCUCUAGAUCGUUGUCUAGAAGUACAAGUUGGUGUCUCAAUCAGCUUUAAUCUAUCUGCAAUAAAUUUAUGUACUCCAAGUGUGGCUACACUUACUGAUAUCGUUGUUGCAAGUGGAAUUACUGGUAUGACUCAUGGUAAUCUUAUACAUUCAUCAACAAAUUCAUCGAUCUACUAUAUAACGUUUACUUGGACACCACAGACAAAUCAAAUUGGAUCACAACAGUUAUGUACCGUAGCAUAUACAAGUGAAAACUUGCAAUCUGAUCAGUAUUGUGUAACAUUUACUGUAAAAAAUUCAUCUGAUACUUGUGUAACAACUACCACAUCCGAAACAACAACAACAACUUCUACUACAACGACAUCUGAGGCAGCUACAACAACAUGGACCACUACAACCGUGGGUCCUGCUGCACGACGUCGUCGACGAAAAUCAAAGAAAAAAGAUACCUGCGAACGAUCUUCUGAGUCAAGACUUAUAACUAAUGAAUUAGAAAGAAUUACAGCUUCUCGCAAAAUACUCAAAUCAAAUACACCAACUAAGAAUUGUCUUACUUAUAAUAAAGUGAACCCUCGUGAUAACAUGAACAAUGCUUCUCCAUCAGACUUGCGCAUAAGCUUGGCUGAUUCGAACUUUUCUAAAGAAGUAACCAAUUUGACAGAUAAGGAAGAGCAGAGGGUUUCGUCAACAGUUUCUGUCAAAAGAGUCAAGCGUGCUACCAUUGAACCACUAAAUAACACUGAACAACUAAAUGAAACUGAAAAUGUUCAUAUAAAGUCACCAAAUCAUCUUGAAGAUAGUGAGAAUAGUCGAAUCAUUCGACGUUCAGCAGUCACAGUUCUGCGAGUAUCAAGAUUGGAUGAGGCAAAUCAGAACAACUCGAUCACACCUCAGCAAAGCAUUUUAAGUGCGUCAUCAGUCAAAUCAUCAAAAUUGGAUCAAGUUAAGGUCAUAAAAAUACCACGAAAUCAAUCAGCAUUAAAUCCACCAACUCGAGCCGUAAGCGUUGGUAAUGUAAUCACUAUUAAAUCGGACAAAUCUUUCAUCGAAAUGAAACCAAUAAUAAUUCGUUCAAAUACUGCUUCACUUGCCACAAAUAUCAAUGUACAUAAAGGCAAUCGAGUAACCGUGACAAAGCUUCCAAGAAAGUCUACUACUCUUCAAUCUCGUCCUUCAUAA